AUGAGUAACUACGUUUUUUGGCCUAGAGAAUUGAGGGACAAAGAGAAGCGGUAUGAAAGUAAUGAAAGUAUUGUGGCUCUGGCAAUAUCUUUAGAAGGUGCAAACACUGUAGUUCUCGAUGUACUUCCGCAAGAACUGUUUCUCCAUGAUAUUAAUCUUAAAUCACCAUAUUCGUUGGUUGCUAUUAGACCUAAAGGGAGUAAUAUGUGGGUCUUCGAAGAUGAAGAUUCAUUCAUAAUAGAAUUCCUUGCACCGCCAUUAAAAUCAAUGCGGUUCUUUUCUUUGGAACCUAUACCUCUGAUAUUACCAGAGAAAGAAACCACAGAUGAAAAUUUACUACCUUUAGCUGCUGACAACUUUCAGCUUCUUUCCAACCAUAUCAGGUAUCAUACUACGGAUUCCCGUCUGAGAGCAACUUUACGCUUAAUUAACCUUUUCCAUAAACAUGUACAAGAACUCAAGGAUCUAUACCCGACUUUAUUCACCAAUGAAACAAUUGCCUUAGAUUAUACUAAGGUAGAUUAUAUGUACACUUGGUAUACAUCCACAGGCUUACAUCGAUUUAUAGGCUGUACUUUUCUUUAUGUUAGUGUAUGCAUAUGCCAAACCGCUAAGUUAGUUUCCAACUCACUUAGUACGUUGUCUAUUCCUUUAGUCGAUAUCUCUGCAACAGCCCGCCAGAUAGAUCUAAGGUGCCAACAGUUAUGUUAUUUCCCAUUACAAUACGUGCAAAUCAAGAACAAGAUUUCAUCAUUGUGGUCGAAAGAGCAUCCAAGUAAUGCUUCAGAGAAGACAGAUAUUUUAAAAGAAGAUCUCCCUAGUCAAUAUUAUCCAGAAUAUAUUCGAUUUUUUAACACGAUAUGGCUGAUUCUUAACGAUAUUUCGUUUGGUCUGAUUUUAGCAGCAAUAAUAGGUCAAUAUUUUGACUUUAUUAUCUCCAUGUUCCAUUUCGUUGUUCAUUUUUUCAUCAAUAAUAUCCUAAUAAAGGGGUCAAAAACUCUUGCUAACAAUCCGUUUGGUGUAAAAUUGAAUGAAGAACUUGGGGUUUUCUUAAGUGACAUAUUUCUUUGGAUUAUCUCUUUCUUUUACGAAUCCUUUAUUGAGCCUAUAACGCGAGAAAACAAUUUAGGAAUAUUCCUAAAGAUUACCAUACAAGUAACUUGUUGCAUUGGCUGUUCGUUCGGUAUUUCGAUGAUAGUUGAUUUCUUUUCCAUAUUGUUCCUUCCGAUUUAUAUUUUUUACCAUAUCAGCAGGAAAUUAUAUCAUUGGGACUUAAGUAUAAUGUUGAGUUUAUUUUAUCUUUUCUGUGGGAAAAAAAAUAAUGUACUGCGUGACAGAAUUGAUCAUAAUUAUUUUCAAUUAGACCAAAUGUUAGUUGGUACUGUUUUGUUUAUUAUAUUAUUGUUUUUGACCCCAACUGUUUUGGCCUUUUACGUAUUCUACACAUUUUUACAGAUGACGGUAGUUUCAGUUGAGAUCGGGUUAGAAUCACUAAUUGCAUUGAUUAAUCAUUUCCCAUUGUUUGUUUUGAUGUUGAGGUUGAAAGAUCCGAAAAGAAUUCCAGGCGGUAUUUCAAUUGUUAAGAAGGUGACUGAUAUACAUACUAAUGAAGCCUAUGUUUUACAAUUACAAAAUAGUCCUAUUAAAAUUGGUACGAUGUUUAAGCCCUAUUCUGCGCUAAUGACUCAAAUGAAGAUCAAUUAUUUUUCCGUAGGUACUGUUAAGAAAAUUGCAGGAGGUUUACCAAUCAUGAUGAAUAGAAACAAGCUUUACUAUAUACUGUAUUCUUCUUUGCCUAAGACAUCUCCAUCUAUUCUUGAAUUAUAUUUACCAUUGAAAGAUGCAUUGGUAGGGAAGCAACAAGAAUAG